AUGGUUAACAGGCAUACGCCCAGCAUCACCAGCAUCGGGACAUUAGUGCCCGGUUCGGGUACCGGAGGCAUAUCCAGUAAGCGGCCCGCUCGUGCUGGCCAACACCGUCUACCCGCCGCUCGUGAACCCGGCUGGACAUGCCAGCGGCGAAGGCGUGGACAUCGACAUCGCCCGCGAAGCGCUGAAGCGCGGCGGCUGGCACGGCGAGAUCGACGUGCAGUGGGUGCCCUGGAAGCGCGUGCUCUUCAUGCUGGAGCGGGGCCUGGCGGACUUCACGACGACGGUGAACUACAGCACCGAGCGCGACCGCUUCCUGCGCUGGAGCGUCAGCUACCGGGCGGGCAAGCAGUACCACUUCUACACGCGACGCGGCUCGGGCCUGAAGCUGGAAAAGCUGCAGGACCUGCGCGGCCUGCGGCUCGCCGUGGGCUCGGGCUACAUCUAUCCGCAGGCGGUGCUCGACCAGGUCGAGGGCCGUGUCGAGCAAGCCCGCGACGUGGGCGCAGCCGUUCAGCUCGUGGAGCACCAGCGCGCGGAUGUGGUCAUCGUGACCGCGCUGGUCGGGCUGUGGGAGAUCCGCCAGCUCGGCCUGGCCGACCGCCUGGAUCGCCAGCCGCUGCAGCACUUCAACCCGGAGCCGACCUUCAUGGGCUUCGCCAAGGCCAGCGCCCGCGCGCCCGCAGCCCUCGCGGCGAUGGACGCCGGGCUCGCGGCCAUGCAGCGUGA